GGUGCUGAUGCUGUAACCACUGUGUGGAGCUGACAAGCCCUGGUUGAUGCAGUGAAGUGUUCUGGAGGGAUAAACACAAGCGAAGAUUUGUUUGCACCUAAGGGCCACCAGCGAGACCGGAUGGCACCAUGACAGAGAUGUCCUGUGACAGACGAGGCCAGAGGAGCCGGGAGAGUGCUGCUGAGUGGUGAAAUAGAGAAGUGAGGCAGAGAAGAGCGCUGGAGGGGAUAUUUUUGAGGAACCCAUUCUGACGUCAGAAACGAAAAGAGAGAAGGAGUUUUCUCUGUUUGCGUAUGAGCUGAAAAGAUAAGGACACACAUCAGGACGGUGCAGCCAGAGGAAACAGACAGAAAUGCAAAUAUAACGUUGCACAGACAGUAUUUUAAGCUCUUAUUAGAGACAGCCUCGCCCUGCAGAGUGUCCUCCUCCACCAGCAUGACAAAUAACACACACAAAAAAAGAACAAAGUGCAGCAUCGGGCACGCAGAGCAAAUAGAGAAAACCACAGGCCUUUAAAUAGAUGGCUGAAAACGAGAAGUGUGAAGUGGACAGAGAUACACAGAGGCAGAGGGAGAAAGAGCGAGAGCAGAAGUUUACAUCAGUCUCUAUGAAACCAGUGCCACCGUGGGACUGCAGCUAUCGCCGUGAGCCGGCUUACUGGGAUUUACUCACAGCAACCGCUUCACAAAGCAGGGAGGACGAGAACAGGAGGAAGACGAAGACCAAGACGAAGAAGAACAGGGCUACAGAUAACAGAAGAGGCAAAUCGAUUGUAGGAAAAGAGGGGGGCUCAUGGGAAACCUCCUGAAAGUGCUGGCUUGCGCCGAACUUGAGCAUGGCCCAAUAGUUUUCCUUGACUUUGAACACGCCCAGCCCACGGAGGCAGAGACAGCCGUGUGGAACCAGGUCAGCGCCGUGCUGGAGGAGGCUCAUGGGAUCCUCGCCGAGCUGCAGUCCUAUAAUGGCGCUGGCCAGGAGAUACGAGAAGCCAUCCAGAACCCAGGCGACCUCGCUCUGCAGGAGAAGGCCUGGAACGCAGUCUGCCCCCUGGUGGCCAAACUGAAGCGCUUCUACGAGUUUUCCCUCCGACUGGAGAACGCCUUGCGCAGCCUGCUGGAGGCGCUGACGAGCCCGCCGUACGCUCCCAUGCAGCACCUGGAGAGAGAGCAGGCCCUCGCCAAACAGUUCGCUGAGAUCCUUCACUUCACACUCAGCUUCGAUGAACUGAAGAUGACAAAUCCAGCCAUUCAGAAUGACUUCAGCUACUACAGGAGGACUAUAAGUAGGAACAGGCUGAACAACCAGCAGCUGGAAGCAGAGAACGAGGUCAACAAUGAGAUGGCGAAUCGGAUGUCUCUGUUCUACGCUGAGGCAACACCAAUGCUGAAGACUCUGAGUAACGCCACCACCAAGUUUGUUUCAGAGAAUAAGACCUUGCCCAUAGAGGACACCACAGACUGUCUGAGCACCAUGGCCUGUGUGUGCCGUGUCAUGCUGGAGACUCCGGAGUACCGCUGUCGGUUCACCAACACAGACACCAUGCUGUUCUGCAUGAGGGUGAUGGUGGGAGUCAUCAUUCUCUACGACCACGUUCACCCCGUCGGGGCUUUUGCCAAGACCUCCAAAAUCGAUAUGAAGGGCUGCAUCAAGGUGCUGAAAGAGCAACCGUCCAACAGUGUGGAGGGACUUCUGAAUGCACUGAGGUAUACGACACGGCAUCUAAAUGAUGACAGCACCUCCAAACAAAUCAGGGCCCUGCUGCAAUGAGACGGAGGAGAGAGGGAGGAACGAAGAAGCGCACUUGAAGAAGGAGGAAAAAGAGAGGAAGAAGGAGGAGGAAACAAACGCCAGUGGCUGAUAAACCUGUUUGUUUACAACGAACAAAGAAAAUCAUCUCCAGGUCCACACAAACCUGAUGAUAAUAAGAAGAGGAAAAUAAU